AUGUUAAAACACAGUCUUGAAAAUCAAAAUAUGAAUAUUGAAAGAAUGCAAAAUGUUUUACUCAUUUGGUUAGAUAGCAAUAUUGAUGAAACUGACGAACAGUAUCAGAAUAGUAUUGUUGAAUUACAACGAGUUGUGAAUAUUAUUUAUACAUAUACGAACAAUGAUCGAUGUAUGGAAUUCAUCGAAACGAUCCAAGAUCAUCGAGUAUGUAUGAUUAUUUCAGGAUAUCUUGGUCAAGAUAUUUUACCUUAUAUUCAUAAUAUGUCACAAAUCGACUCAAUUUUCAUCUUUUGUGGUAAUAAAAAGUCUCAUGAACACUGGGCUCAGCAUUGGUCCAAAAUCAAGGGAGUUUUCACAGAAAUCAAAUCCAUUUGUGAAGCUCUCAGACAAUCAGCACGACAAUGCGAACAAAACGCUAUGUCGGUUAGUUUUGUUGCAUCGGACAAAAAAUUAGAUCAAUUAGAUCCAUCUUUCAUGUACACACAGAUCUUAAAAGAGAUCUUAUCUACUAUCAAAUUCGAUGACACACAUAUUCAAAGUUAUUUGGAAUAUUGUCGUGGUGUUUUCGCUCAAAAUAAAUUUGAACUGAACAAUAUUAAAGAUCUCGAACGAAUAUAUCAUGAAAAGACGCCGAUAUGGUGGUACUCGUGCGAGUCAUUCUUAUAUCCCAUGCUGAAUCGUGCAAUACGAAUGAUGAAUGGUGAUAUAAUGAUAAGAAUGGGUUUCUUCAUAAAUGAUCUUCAUCGACAAAUUGAACAACUACAUAAAGUACAAGACUUCACUGAAAUCUUUACAGUUUACCGCGGACAAGGUUUAUCGGGGCCCGAUUUCGAGCAAUUAAAGAAAACAAACGGCGGAUUGAUGUCAUUUAACAAUUUCUUAUCUACGAGCAAAGUUCGAAAAGUUUCACUCAGUUUUGCUGAACAAGCUGCAAGAAAUCCAGAUUUAAUUGGAAUUCUUUUCAUGAUAACAAUCGAUCCAAAGCAAUCAACAACACCAUUUGCUUCGAUUCGCGACUUCAGUGCUCUUGCAGACGAAGAAGAAGUACUGUUUUCUAUGCACAGUGUUUUCCGAAUUCAAGAUAUGAAACAAUUAGGUGAAAAUAACAGACUCUUCGAAGUUAAUUUGAUGCUUACCAAUGACAAUGACAAAGACUUAAAUGAACUUACUGAUUACAUCCGAGAAGAGAGUUAUCCACAUGAAGAAGGAUGGGCAAGAUUAGGCUUAUUAUUAAAGAAUAUGGGUCAAAAUGACAAAGCUGAAGAAAUUUUUCAAACGUUACUUGAUCAUCGGACGGAGGACGAGGAGAAAGGAGCAAUUUAUCAUGAACUUGCGAUGAUCAAAGAUAAACAAGCGAAAUAUCGUGAGGCGCUCAGCUUCUACGAAAAGUCUCUUGCUAUUAAAGAGAAAAUCUUUCCUCCGAAUGAUUUUCAUUUAGCUGUUUCUUACAACAACAUCGGUUUGGUGUAUUUCAACAUGAAAAAUUAUACAAAGGCGCUUUCAUUUCAUGAAAAAGCUCUCGCCAUUCGACAACAAUCGCUUCCUUCAAAUCAUCUGGAUUUGGCCAUGUCGUACAAUAACAUCGGUUUGGUGUAUUCAAACACCAAUCAUUAUUCGAAAGCACUUUCAUAUUAUGAAAAAGCACUUGAAAUUGCCCAACAUUCACUUCCUUCCACUCAUCCUCAUUUAGCUGCAUCCUAUAACAACAUUGGUUCGUUGCAUGAAAACAUGCGUAACUAUUCAAAAGCACUUUCGUAUUACGAAAAAUGUCUUGAAAUCAAACAACAAUCACUUCCUUCAAGCCAUCCUGAUCUGGCUUUAUCUUACAACAACAUCGGAUUGUUAUACGAAAAGAUGAAAGACUAUCCAAAAGCCCGUUUAUUCUUUGAACGUGCUGUGUUAACUGUACAACAAUCAUUACCUUCAAAUCAUCCUUGGUCGCGAGAAAUGAUCAGCAAUUUUCGACGUGUAAAAGCGAUACGAUAA